AUGGAGGCGCAUCUCGCGUCGCUCCACGGCUCGCUCGACGCGAUCCGUACCCAGUGCAGCGCGAGCAAGAGCGCAGAUAGCGCGCCGAGCUACUUUACCAAUGCCGUGCUGCGUCCAGAGAAUGUCGAUAUCCUCGAACUGAUCCGCGACGCCGACCAGCUGGAGGCGUCCAUGUUUGCCUAUCCCCCGGAGGACGUGGAGCGCGAGCGGGGCGCCGAGACGCCGCGUGCGCCGCAGAUCAAGCCGGUGCAUAUUCCCACUCCGCUGCGCAGGGGCGUAACGAGUGCGCCGGGCGAGCACAGCGCGCACCAUAAUGCACCCCGCGCACGCAAGCACAUCCGCAUGCUCCUGAAACGCGACGGCGAGGUGCAGCGCCAUAUCGCUCGGUACACGGCGACGAUCGAAAAGGCCAAGCAGCAGCCGACGCCGAGCAAGGAGAAACGCGAGCCGGUGCGGCCGCGCCUCUCGGAGAACACGGAGCUGCGCCAGGUCAAGAGCGAGAUCCAGCGCGAAAAGAUGGAGAUUCUCGCGCUCGAGAAUAUGCUUGCGGAACUCGAGUCGCCGUCCAAGAAGGCCGAGGACGACACGUCAGACCUUGCCCAGGUCCUGCAGGGCAAGCCCGAGCCGGCCUCGCCUGCGGCCCCACCUGUAGACUCGCCGCACACACGCACGCCGAGCAAGCGGCCGCUCGGUGCGUUGGUCCGCGACCGCCCUCUGGGCCAGUCGCAGUCCCAGGGCCGCAGCGCGUCUGCGCUGCGCGACCGUUUCAGCGCGUCGCAGCGCAGCCCCGAAAAGGCACCGAGCCGGCAAGAGCCGCGGCUGGGGCAGUCGACGCGGGCGCCGGUGCCGAGCACGUCGCGCACGCCGGCCAAGUCGCCCAGCACGCCGCUGCGGAAUCGUGCCGCGCCGCCAGCGAGCCCGCUCGCGCAGUCGGUUGCUGGACGUACGCCGGAGCGCCGCACACCGGCGGCCGCGCGCAUGCGCCGCACACUCGACGGGACGCCGCGCCCGCCGCUCGCGCAGUCGGUCGGCUAUACGCCCGGCCGUACCGACGAGCUACGCAGCACCGCAACGCCGCCGCGCUCGCCCGCGACGCCCCAGCGCGCCCGUGCGGCCUCGCCGCUGAAAGAGCGCUCGCCUGCCAAGCCCGCGCUCCUUCCCCCCGGCACGGCGCCGGAUCCAAGUGCGGAGCUUGAGCGGGCCGCCGCGCAGAUCUGGCUGCACUUUGGCGAGAGUCUGCGGUACGUCGCGCCGGCAGCGACCGCCGCUCCGUUCUCCGAUACCUUUACCUAUCUCUCGACGCUGGAGUGCUGUGGGCAGGACCCCGCGACAGCGCGCAUGGACGGAGGUGCGUCGGCAGACGAUUCGAUGCAUGCGCCGUCGGGCAUCAGUGCCCUCUCUGCCCAGAGCAGCACGCUGGAGCCAAGUGCGCCACUGAGCGUGAAUACGGUCGUGAUGGCGCACAUUCUCCUGCUCCUGUUCCGGACGCCGGCGCCGCACUCGCUCACGCUCGCAUCGGUCAAGACGCUGACCGAGUCGUGGUGGCGGCAGCGUGGCCAGGCCAUCUUUCGCACGACGGCCGCGACGCCGGAUCUCGCGAAUGAGCCGAUCAAGCACCUCGGCCUCGAUGCCGGCGAGGUCGACCAGAAAGGCGACGUGCUCGGCUCGCGUGCGGUCUACGGACUGGUCUCGAAGAAGAUCCUGCGCAUCCAUCGCGUAGGAGGCGCGGCGGCGUUCCGCUUUGCAUAG